ACCGCAACACACAUUGUAGGGCCCUUAAAAUAAUUUGUAUGUAGUCGAGAUCUGGGUUAUAAUUGUUAUGAGGGAUUCAUCCAAUAAUCUCUUACGUAUUUCACGGGUUAAAGUUUAGUAACAGGAGGAGGAGGUGGAGAAGGCGGUACGGGAAGCCUGUGCGUGGUUUUUGUGGCUCUUCUGCCCCUCCCUCCUUCCCCCUCUCACUUGCUCUCACUUGCUCUCUCUCUCUCUCUCUCUCUCGCCCCCCCCCCCACCCCUCCCCUCGCUCAUUCAUGCCAGCGCCUGCAGCUGUCUCUUUCUUUCUCUCUAUUGCUCUGUCCCUCCACCAGCGCAGUUUUGUCGCUGGCCACCUUCAACUUCCCCCUUACUCACCCCCCCCCCCUCCACCCCUCCCACAAGUAACUGACUUUCACACACACGCAACGCACACACUGCCUCGGUGCGUCAGUCCAUGCAAGGUCGCAAGUGCGCAACUUUUCCAAGCGCCUCAGCAGACCGACCAGGGACACCUGACUUAGUCUCGCUCUUUUUUAUUCUCUCCCGAGUGGGAAAAGGAAUGUGGGCUACAAGUGGACCCGAGUGUCAAAGGUCAAGCCCCAGCCCCUGACGGACACCAUGACCUCUGACCUCAACCUGAGCUCCCUGCUGAACGUGAGCGAUCUGCACAACCACUCGCGAGGAUGCUCGCUCACCAAGACGGGCUUCCAGUUCUACUACCUGCCCACCGUCUACAUCAUGGUGUUCAUCACGGGCCUGGUGGGCAACAGCCUGGCCAUCUGGAUGUUCGUGUGCCACAUGCGGCCGUGGAGCAGCAUCUCCGUCUACAUGUUCAACCUGGCGCUGGCCGACUUCUGCUACGUGCUCUCGCUGCCCUUCCUCAUCUUCUACUACUUCAACAAGACUGACUGGAUCUUCGGCGACGUGCUGUGCCGGCUGCAGCGCUUUAUCUUCCACGUCAACCUGUACGGCAGCAUCCUGUUCCUCACCUGCAUCAGCGUGCACCGCUACACGGGCUUGGUGCACCCGCUCAAGUCCCUGGGCCGGCUCAAGAAGAAAAACGCCGUCAUCACCAGUGCGCUGGUGUGGGGCGUGGUGGUCCUCGCCAUCUCGCCCAUUCUCUACUACUCGCGGACGGGCUCCAAGCGCAACGCCACCACCUGCUACGACACCACCACGGAGGAUGAGCUGCCCGGUUACUUCAUCUACAGCAUGACGUUGACCGUCUUUGGCUUCUGCAUCCCGUUCAUCAUCAUCUUCUGUUGCUACGGCAUGAUCGUCAAAGCCUUGAUCCGCAACGACAUGAACAACGCGCACCUGCGGCAGAAAUCCAUCCACCUGGUUAUCAUCGUCCUGGCCGUCUUCGCCGUCUCCUACAUGCCUUUCCACGUCAUGAAGAACCUGAACAUGCGGGCCCGGCUGUACUUCCAGAGCCCGGCUAUGUGCGACUUUAACAACCGCGUCUACGCCACCUACCAGGUGACGCGCGGCCUGGCGAGCCUCAACAGCUGCGUGGACCCCAUCCUGUACUUCCUGGCCGGCGAUACGUUCAGGAGGAAGCUGUCACGGGCCACCAAGAAACCCUCCAGGAAAGGCGACGACACGCUGCACUCCAAGAGCGAGGAGAAGGCGCUCAACAGUCUGGCGGAGUACCCGGAGAACGGAGAGCAGCGGAUGUGAGGCUACCAUGUCGGAUAACGGGACGCACAACGCGCACCCGGUGAACGUUUUUAUCCUGUGACGACUGUCGUUGUGGAUGCCCUCUCGUGCCGUGUUGUUGCACACCUGCGCAGUCUGAUCUUACGUACACUGGCCACAAUAUUAGGCACACCUCAAAGCAAAAUGUGCCUUGAGAGAGAUGACAAUGCUCCAGUUUGAUGUGUUCCGUGAUGCUGGUUGACAUUCAUUCACAAUUGUGUCGUAUGUAAGAUAAGAUAAGAAAAUCUUUGUUUGUCUCACAAUGGAGACAUUUGCAAUUUACAGCAGCAAAAUUUGGAGGGAAGAAAGUAGAAAAACAUGCACGCACAAACUACAUUUAAAAAAUGAAUUGUACACAGUACCGAAUGCAAUAUAAAAUAUAAGAUAUAAGGAUACAUGCAACUGCAUAUAUGCUACAUAAGGUGGCUGUGCUAUUUAAAAUGGGUGAGUGGGGGUGAGUCCAGGUUUUCAGGUGCAUCUAUUCAGUAGCCUGACAGCAGUCGGCGGGAAUGAGUGGCUCUGCUGUACAUAUAUCCAUA